GAGCUCUUCUCAGCUAAGCUGUUCCUCACAGGCCCAGGCAGAGCCAGCAGGGAGGCGGCCGGCCAUGGGCGCCUGCUCAGAAGACCCCCACCUGUGCGGGGCCUCCUGGCUCCUGCGACUCACCAGCCUCCUCCUCAGUGUCUGCAACACUGUGACCCAGCGUCCUGGAGCCCAUGGGUCUGCCAUGGACGAUUCUGGAAACCCUGUUACUCUGAAGGGGACUCAAGGAACUCCUGUGUUGUUUCAAGUGAUCAGAAAUCCAGAAUUACCUCCAGAAUUUGAGCUGGAGAAGAUGUCUUGGGGCGUCGUAUCCAGAUCCAAUUACAUAGUCAUGCUGCACAUGUUUCCUGGGAGAGAUGUUCCAGAAUGGGUCAACUUCCAGGAGAAGUUCGAGAGGAGAGUCUAUGUGCUCAACAUAAUGACCCUAAGGAUUGUCAACCUGACCCUAGAGGACAGUGGGCUGUACCGGGCUCGAGAGUCCUAUACGAGAGGAAGACAGUAUGACCAGGAUUUCCACCUGACGGUCUACAAGCCUGUGCCCCGUCCCCAGAUUUGGACCAUGGAUCUGUCCCUCACACGAGGCUGGUGCAACGUCACCGUGGAGUGUGACCCCAUGGGAACCAGGGAGGACCUGACCGUGUCCUGGGAGAGUGAGGGUCUCCCCAGGGAGCUGGAGCAGAGACCGGCCCCAGGACCAGCCCCCAACCCCUGGACACUGGCUGUGACCCUGCCCCUGAGCCAGCCCAACCCCAGCCUCACCUGUGUGGUCAGCAACCAGGUGGACCAGAAAACUGCUGCCCUGGACCUUGGGGACAUCUGUGGCCACAGAACAGAUCCACAAGGACAGACCAGUGCUGCCCACUUGCCCGGUAUCCUGGUGUCUGUUGUGGUCGUGCUGCUGAUCCUCGGAGCUGGAGCUGGGCUCUACCUUUGGAAGAGACGUGGGAUGAAGAACUUGGAGCCUGGGAGAGGCAGGGACAGGAUCACAGGAAGAACAUGGGAACAUGAUCGUUGCAUCCACUCUGCAGAGCUGAGCCAGCAGGAGUCUGGAGACCGCAGGGACAAGGGUAUGUCUGCAUUCCACAUCUAGAAGAGGAGAACUCUCACUACUGUCUACAGUGAGGUCUGCAGGCCAGGCCAGGACAUGACGUGAUUUAACUAGAAGAAGCAGGAGAAUCCCGCCCCGGGGACACCUGUCUCAGGAGCAUGAUGCCCGCAGCUCUGGUCCUGCCUUUUCCACCUCUGAUGGCUCUGAGCAGGGACUGGAUGGGUCCAGCACUUACUUCUGUGCUAAAUCUUUGUGCACAAGCUCCCCAUGAGACAAACACAGUGGUAGAUCAGGGAAACUGAGUAAAUAAAUUGGUCCAAACCUG